AUGCUCAUGAAGGAGUACCGGAUCUGCAUGCCUCUGACAGUUGAAGAGUACAGAAUUGGACAGCUGUACAUGAUAAGCAAGCACAGCCAUGAGCAGAGUGACCGAGGAGAAGGUGUGGAAGUGGUGCAGAAUGAGCCUUAUGAAGAUCCAAACCAUGGCAAUGGUCAGCUAACAGAGAAACGGGUCUAUCUCAACAGCAAACUGCCUAGCUGGGCUAGAGCAGUUGUUCCCAAAAUAUUUUAUGUUACAGAGAAGGCUUGGAAUUAUUAUCCUUAUACAAUCACAGAAUACACAUGUUCAUUUUUGCCGAAAUUCUCCAUUCAUAUAGAGACAAAAUACGAGGACAACAAAGGAAGCAAUGACAGUAUUUUUGACAAGGAAGCGAAGGACCUGGAGCGAGAAGUCUGCUUCAUCGACAUCGCCAGCGACGAGAUCCCCGAGCGCUAUUACAAAGAGUCAGAGGAUCCUAAAUAUUUCAAGUCACAGAAGACUGGGAGAGGCCAAUUAAAAGAAGGCUGGAGAGAGACUCAUCAGCCAAUUAUGUGCUCCUACAAACUUGUGACUGUGAAAUUUGAAGUCUGGGGACUUCAAACCAGAGUAGAGCAAUUUGUACAUAAGGUGGUGAGAGACAUCCUGCUGAUCGGGCACCGUCAGGCCUUCGCCUGGGUGGAUGAGUGGUACGAUAUGACUAUGGAUGAUGUUCGAGAAUACGAGAAAAAUAUGCAUGAAAAAACCAACAUUAAAGUUUGCAACCAACAUUCAUCUACUGUGGAUGAAAUAGAGAGCCAUGCCAAAGCAAGUACAUGACAAUGGAUGAAGUCCGAGAGUUUGAACGAGCAACUCAGGAAGCCACCAACAGGAAGAUUGGGGUUUUCCCACCUGCAAUAUCUAUCUCUAACAUUUCUAUGCCUUCUUCAACCCGCAGUGCUCCAUCUAGUGCUCCAUCCACUCCUCUCUCCACAGAUGCUCCUGAUUUCCUAACAGUUCCCAAAGACCGGCCUCGGAAAAAGUCUGCUCCAGAAACUCUCACUCUUCCAGAUCCAGCUAAAAAAACCUUUUAAAUUAACCCAGCAUGUUUCCUCCUGAUAAGCCAUGUCUACCACAGCAAGAGUGAUGUUAACUCAGUCUCUACAAAGGUCAUGGUGGUUUGUUGGUUGUUUGUUUGUUUUUUUCUUUUCUUAAAAUAAUCUUACUGGUGUGGGAAGAUUCCCUCUCUCCUCAGACCUGAUCCUUAAAACCU